AUGUCAAGUUUUCUGCCCAUGUACGACCUUUCCGCGCGCGCCAACUCACGUUCGCCUCGACUGCAUCACGCAUUUCACACACAUUUCGCGCGUUCUGUGCCUACGUUGUUUUCGCCUGCCAAAUCCACCGCGCAACUAUUCGUCGAAGCGGCGAUGAUUCGCUCUCAAACAACCUCACAAAGAGGAACAGCGAACGCGCAUAUGUUCCUCGGCACGCUCAAUGAAGCCGAAUGCUGCAUUUGCGAAGAAGAGUCCAGCAACACGCACGCGCCCGUCAUCACACCUGCUUGUCGUCACGUUUUCGGCUCACGCUUUCUGCGCUCUUGGGUACUUUCCGAUAACCGCGCCCACAAUCGCUGUCCCCUCUGUCGCGCGAUGCUCUUUGACGAUGCGUUGCCAGGUGUUGGUGAAGACGCAAGGCCAGACAGCUCUGCUAAUAGGGUUAGUGAGCCCGCAUGGGCAGGAGAACGUCUAUUCAAGGGAGAUGGAGAGCGUCCUCUGGCUCCGCACCAUCCUCCUCAAAGACCUCACGGCAUGGCUCGACAUGGAGAUCUGAUCUCACCUGUAGCAGCUCAACGGAGGCACGAAGCACAGAAUCAAUCUGAAGAGUCGAUACGUGGAGUCGCCCAUGACUGUCAACCAGCAAGAGCACAGGGCCCUCUGCCGAUUGCCCUUCGCGACUACCUAUCUUAG